AUGGCUUCCUGGCGAGCGAACCUCAAAGCCAUCAACGAGCACAACCUGAAAACACUACGCAAAGCUCCGCUGGCGGAACUCUCUGGGUCGUUAGGCGACCUGGGUACACUGCUUCCUUUGAUGAUCGCGAUGACCCUGAAUGGAUCCAUCAACCUUGGCAGCACUCUUGUCUUCUCUGGCCUUGCGAAUGUCUUUACUGGCAUGUUCUUCGGCAUUCCGUUGCCGGUUCAGCCGAUGAAGGCAAUCGCUGCCGUAGCGAUCUCCCAAAACUUCACGAAGCAGGAGACAGCCGCUGCCGGGAUCGUGAUGGGUGUUGCGGUCUUCGUGCUGAGCGCGACUGGAUUGCUUAAGUGGUUGCAUCGUGUUGUGCCGAUACCGGUUGUAAAGGGUAUUCAGGUUGGCGCGGGACUGAGCUUAGUGAUAUCGGCUGGAACUACGUUGAUCAAACCGCUUGGAUGGAUCCAGCCGGGCUGGGACAAUCGUCUUCUGGCGAUUGUGGCGUUCCUAUUCCUUGUGGCGGCGGCUCUGGCUCCGAGGAUACCGUAUGCUUUGAUUGUCUUUGCUGCAGGCUUGAUCACGGCAGGAGCGGUGAUACCUAGCUCGGACACGACUGGUGACUUCACGGCUGGUAUCUGGCAUCCGUCGCCAUUCGUGCCAAAGGGCGAUGCUUGGAGAGUCGGCGCUAUCGACGCUGCGAUUCCCCAGCUGCCGUUGACGACGUUGAACAGUAUACUUGCCGUAACCAGUCUGUCAGCGAGCUUGUUUCCCACAUUCCCGCCAACACCGACGACGACAGCGGUAGGCUUUUCUGUGGCUAUCGCGAACCUCAUCGGACCAUGGUUCGGGGCCAUGCCGAUAUGCCACGGGUCUGGAGGACUAGCUGGACAGUGUCGAUUUGGUGCAAGGAGUGGCUCCAGCAUUAUCGUUCUGGGCUUGUUCAAGUUCAUCCUUGGCCUCUUUGUGGGCGAAGCAAUAAUCCCUCUGCUGCAACGCUUUCCGAAAAGUCUGCUUGGCAUUAUGGUCUUGGCUGCGGGAGUCGAACUGGCUAAAGUCGGACAGCAUGUCGGUGAGUCAAGGGAUCUCUGGGAGCAGGCAGAAGAAGAUGCAGAAGACAGUCGACCCGCUCGUAGGUCUCGUGAAGCCACGGAACAAGAAAGCAAAGAUCGCUGGAUGGUUAUGCUGAUCACUGUGGCUGGAUGCCUGGCCUUCAAAAACGAUGCCGUGGGCUUCUUGGCUGGCUUGCUCUGGCAUUGGGGUAUACGUGCUCCUGAGCUGAUCCAGAAGUUUCGUGCCGGCCGUGGUAGCAUUCAGCUUGAACACAGUUCCGAGCAAGGUCAGACCUUACUCGUACGGAACGAGGAUGCGCCUGAAGGAAGGCUCGUUUGA